ACAUCGUAACCGUAAGCGUUACCGAUUGAGUAGAUUUGGAUAACUGGAGUUUGCCUCCCCAAUUCAAUCAACUGUGUUUGGAACGUCGCCAUUCGAUUGCAUUAUUUUGUAUAUAAAAUGAAUUGUGAUUUUCAGUGUUAUUUAUAAAUAGCCCAAGACAUAGAUAUGGAGAUGAUAAUUAUUAAUAAGUAACACUAUAACUGCUUGACCCCAAUAUACGAAUGGAAUCUGUAAAAAGGCAAAGAAAAACAAAUUCAUUUACCUCAACAAUGCAUCCGCCAGGUUCAGUUUUGAUUAUGCUGGUUGGGUGAAAGCAUUUAAUUCCUUUGUGGAGAUGGAUCGAGAAGUACCAAGUGUUCCCAUCACCACAUUGGCUGGGGUUGCAAGUCUCACAGACUUGCUCCCUGAAAUGCCUUUACCUACCCCAUCGCCACAAUCUUUGGGUAAUAAGUCACUAUUAUUCCACCCAAGAGUAGCUGAAGAAGCACAAAAUCUGCUGGGAAUCCAAGAUGAAGUUUUGAUCCCUCAACUCAUUCAGUCACUCAUUCAAACAUCUGCGGAGCAUAUCGAUGUCAAAGAUAAUUAUGCUGCUUCUGACCUUGGUCUGGAACAGCAUGAAGAAAUGCCUUUGUUACUUAAAGCAAUGUUGAGUGCUAAUCCAUCUGUGUUCAGCGGUAUACCAGUAUCCCAGCAAAAUCAUGUUAGUCAAUCUGUUGCGGUGGCAAAUAAUCAAAUCGUGGCAUCGAAACUAAGUAACCAACUUCAACAAUCGACAUCAAUGCCAUCACAAACGCCUCAGCCUGCAAUUGAGAAACACCAAUCUACGCCUCAAAAGCAGUUAGCGCAACCAAUCACCUCUUCUGUGCCUCAAAACCAAAUCUCGUUGGCCGCACCUCAAAAACAACCUCAAGGAACUCAGCAGCAAAUACUGUCCUCUGCUCCUCAAACCAGUAGCGGAAGUUUGCAGGAAAAACCAACUUCUCCUUCGCCAGCUGCAAAAGCUCCUGAGAGUACCUCAAAUCCUAGGCCAUCUGUCAUCACUGAGUUGAAAAAUAGUUCUACAGUGCCUGUUAAUUGUAAAAAUUCAGCUUCUGUGAAUUUUCAAUCGUCUGUAAAUAAUGCUAAUGAAAUUUUGCCAGAAGUAAACCAGUCGCUUAAAGAACCACAAUCAAAUGUUACAACUGAACAACUUAGGCAAUUAAGAAGACCACCAAGAGGUGUAUCUUGUUCUUCGCCUCAACAAAGUACCGAAGCACCUUCAGUUUCACCUGUCCAGUCAAAUUUAGAAUGUAACACGAGGAGUUCCAGAGCAAGAGCUAAAUCAAAACAGGAUGCUUCCCAUUCAGACAAUGAAUCGCUCAAAUCUCCACAAUCAAUCACAACAAAUGGAGCAAUAACAAAAGAGCUUCAACCUGAAUGUGAUCCUAGUAAAUUGGAAGAAAAGAGUACAGAAAUGCUUUCUACGUGUAUGAGGUAUCCCAUAGUUAAAUUAGCGAAGUUAUCAAACGAAGAUCAACAACAAAUAAUGGAGAGUUUAACGAAGUUUGCUGAAAAUAAACCUAAGCUAGCUAAAGAUCUGGGCAUUGUACCUGAACUUAUAAAAGACGAUGAUGUAAAGAAAAAGGAAGAUGUGAAGAAAAAAGAAGGCAAUAGCUCUGGGUCAGAAGAUGACGACCUUCCCCUGAAAAGAAAAGACAAAAAGAAAACCACUCCAGAAAGUGAAGAAGAAGAUUAUGUACCUGAUACCUUCUCAGCCCUUGUUGGUAGUAGAAAACGACGGAGAGAGCCAGUCGUUGAAGAACAAACAGAAACAUUUGUUUCCAAACCGAAGUUGAGACGUUUAGAAAAGAAGUUUGUGCCAGUUUUAGAAAAAUUAUCUCAAGAGGAAUUGAUGGAAACCAAUACAUUUCUAAGGUUUAACAAAUCAAUAGAACAUGUGCUGAAAUCAGCAGAAGAAAUAGAUGUUACGGAAAUAAAUGAUGACGGGAUCAUUCAGGAUGAACACUUAUUGAGUAGGAUAAUCAUGCAAGAGUUGUGUACUGAAGCGGCUAAAUUGAAAAUAUUAGGUGCAAUGGAAUCCAUCCCGACUGAUCGACUGGUUAGGUUAUUAGGAGUAUUGGAAAUUAACAUUAGAGGAGGUGAUAAAGUUUCACCGAUAACAGAUGAAGAUAGUGAAAGUAUAAGACAGUAUUGGCAGGAGACAGCAAUGGAAAGGGUAAUGGGUGCCGCAGAUGCCUGUUUGGUGUGUUUGUACAUAAUGACCUCGCCUAACAUGCCAAAAAGGGUGUAUAUAGAGGAAGUAAUCGACAGGGUGGUUUUGUUUAUAAAAUAUCAUUUGCAUAACACAAUAUUUCCGAGUUUCGAUUCCACUUAUAGGCUGGAUAACAAGAAGAAAGAUGGUAGAAGAAAGAAAGCAUCUGUUUCUGAAAAGGGAAUACUUCACUUGUACACUAAAAUAUCAGAGUUGGUCAACCUUCUUGCGGAACUGCUUAAUAUACAAGUUUUAACAGAUACAUCAGUGUUGCAUGCUUCUUCUAUGGGUGUAUCUCCAUUUUUUGCCGAAAAUGUUAGCGAUCUCCAGUUGGCUUGUCUGAAAUUAGUAACAACGAUAUUUACCAGGUAUGAAUCACAUCGAAGAUUAUUAUUGGAUGAUAUCCUAGCCUCAAUUGCCCGUCUUCCAAGCACCAAACGUAGUUUAAGAACGUAUAGACUGAACAGUGAAGAGCAUAUACAAAUGUUGACAGCUCUGGUUUUACAGUUGAUUCAGUGUGUUGUUGCUUUACCUGAUAAUUUGACAGUUGAUACUCGCGAUCCCUUUGAACAGGCUAAAGAUAAUGUUAAAAACGAAGUAGAUAAGGAUGUUCUUAUCUGUAAUAAUAUAGAAAAAGCCCGAUCUAUAGCUGGAACAUUUCUUGCGGUGUUUCUGAAUAAAUGUGGUAGCAAGAAUGAGGAUAUCGAUUAUCGCCCUUUGUUUGAAAAUUUUGUUCAAGAUCUUUUGUCAACAGUUAACAAACCCGAAUGGCCAGCUACUGAGCUUCUGUUGAGCUUGUUGGGUUGUAUGCUAGUUGGCAAUUUUUCAAAUAAAGGGACAGAUAUGUCUCUGAGAGUAGUAAGUUUGGACUAUUUGGGUGUUGUUGCAGCAAGACUCAGAAGGGAUAGUGUUAUGUCCAGAUGCAAACUUAAUACGAUUGAUCAAAUGAUAAAAGACAUCAAAAAUGAAGAAUCAAAGACUAAAGAUGAGACUUCUACCAAGAAAAAGAAAUAUUCAGAAGACACAGAUGAGGAAAGAACUAUAUUUCUGCAGAAAGUUCUGUUGGACUUUCUGUCAGUUAAAGCUCAGAGUGAUCAAUCUUAUAAGUACGCAAGACAUUUCUAUAUAUCCCAGUGGUACAAAGAUGUGGUCAAUGAAAAAAUGCAUUUGGCAUCGGGUAACAAAGGCAAUAGGAAAAAUAACGUGUACAAAUCCAAAAGACGAGACAAUUCAGAUGAAGAGUUGACUGAUGAUGAUCAAAAGGAAUCUGUGAAUCAGGAAAAUGCAGAAAAAUUCAAACUUUUGGACGAACGUAAGAAGUUUCUGAUAUCCAAAAUCAAACCCUUUCAGGAAGCCAUAUCAUCUGGGAAUAGAGUACAAAUAUUUCAAACCUAUAUCGAUUAUACUAGUGCCGAACUAAUAGCUCAAUAUUUAGCUUCGAAACGGUUCUUCUGCCAAAGUUUUGAUAAGUAUCUCAAAGCUAUUCUCAUAGUUCUAAAAGAAACCUCAAUAGCAAUAAGAACCAAAGCUAUGAAGUGUCUCACCAUGAUUGUGGAAGCUGACCCAAGUGUCUUGGGUCGCCACGACAUGCAAAUGGGGGUCAAUCAUUCUUUUCUUGACCAUUCAACGUCGGUACGCGAAGCAGCUGUAGAUCUGGUUGGUAAAUUCGUUUUGAGCCGUCCUGAACUGAUAGAUAAGUACUAUGAGAUGUUGUCUGCUAGAAUACUUGAUACAGGUGUAAGUGUAAGAAAAAGGGUCAUUAAAAUAUUGAAAGACAUAUGUAUCGAAUGUCCUGAUUUUCCUAAAAUACCAGAAAUUUGUGUGAAAAUGAUCAGGAGGGUUAACGAUGAAGAAGGUAUCAGAAAGCUGGUCAUGGAGGUAUUUCAAAAUAUGUGGUUCACACCAACCAAAGAUACUUCCUUGCUGAGAAAAGUGAUGAAUAUUACUGACGUUGUGGCAUCUUCCAAAGACAUCGGUUUGGAAUGGUUCGAACAGCUCCUGAUCAGCCUCUUUAAACCUAAAGAGGACAAAGAGGAUUCUACAAAAGUUCAGUCUGAACCACCCAAAGCAUUGCUGCUUGCAUGCAGACAAAUAGUGGAUUGUUUGAUAGAAAAUGUAUUGCGUUUAGAAGAAACAAACGAUAACUCAUCUGCCUCACAAAGACUUGUAGCCUGUUUGACCACACUCCAUCUUUUUGCCAGGAUUCGUCCACAGCUUCUCGUUAAGCAUGCAAGUACCCUCCAACCUUAUCUUGGUUUAAAAUGUCAGUCUUCUGGAGAUAUUGAGAUAAUCACAAGUGUUGCAAGAAUGCUGGAAAUGGUUGUUCCAUUAAUGGAGCAUCCAAGUGAUUCCUUCCUAGCACAAUUGGAAGAGGACUCGAUCAAACUGGUGUUGAAACAAACUCGUCCUAUUGUUAGCAGCUGUUUGUCGUGUUUAGGAUCCAUCAUUAAUAAAGUAACUAGAAAUUUCAAAUUAAUCAGGGAUAUCUUCAAGAAAUAUUAUCAGAACCUAGUAUGUUACAAACAACAAUUGGAUACGGAUUAUGAGAAAUAUGUUAAUAACAUGUCGACUAGACCUACUGUGAGAAGAUCGUUUUUUAUAGUUGGUUUACUUCUAUGUCAUUUUAAUUUCAAAGACCCCGAAGUUGUAGGUGAUUUAGAUCAUGAUAUCAAAGAGCAGGUGUAUCAACUAAUGAUGUAUUAUCUUCACUUGGAAGAUCAAGAUAUCCAAAUGAACACUUUGAAAGCUUUGGGUAGCAUAUGCAUAAGACAUUAUGAAUUUAUGUUGGAGAACGAUCUCAAAAUGUUCUAUCAUAAUGUGUUGGUAUCCCCUGAAGCUUCAUGUGGUUUGAAAACACAAGUACUUUCGAAUAUAGAGAGUUAUUUGGUUGAAGAAGAAAAUCGAAUGGUGCAACAAAAUUUGGAAUGGGACAAAAGGUCGAAGGAAGAAAAUUUGAAGGAGAUGGGAGAUGUAUCUUCUGGAAUGGCUAGUACAAUUAUCCAGAUAUACCUCAAAGAAAUUUUACAAGCAUAUUUGCACACAGAUUUAUUGGUUAGGAAAUCAUGCCUCAAAGUUAUUCAGUUGGUUUUCAAUCAAGGUUUAGUUCAUCCUGUUCAGGUGGUGCCCUGUUUAAUAUGUAUGAGUACUGACGUGGAAAAAUCAGUAUCACAUACAGCUGAUAAAUUAUUACAGGAUAUCGAAUCUAGAUAUCCUGGUUUUACACAUACCAAAGCUACUUUUGGAAUACGACUGUCGUACCAAUUGCAAAAAAUGUUACAAGGGGAAACUGUGAUAAGGGGUUGUAAAGUUAAGGAAUCUGGGGAAUAUCCAGCUGCUUUAAAUGGUUUUUUAUAUUCUCUUUUGCGCAAUAUUAGACAACAAAGACGUGCCUUAAUACUUAAUAUCUUGAAGCAGUUUGACGAGCAUGCAAGAACGACGUUAUCCUUUAUGCUCUAUCUGGCUGAUAACCUGGCUUACUUCCCCUAUCAAGUGCAAGAUGAGCCGCUAUUUAUUGUACAUCACAUCGAUAUAAUGAUCUCAGUCUCUGGUACUAAUUUAUUACAAUCUUUCAGGGAGGGUCUUAUAUUAACCGAUAACCAAAAGAUGACAUUGCAAACGGAAAACGGUGAAAUAGUAAGCAAUAGUAUAUCUGCCCUAGAUGAAGAUGAUGAUGAGGAAGAUGCCUUAGUCAGUAGAAUGCCUGAAGACACUUUACAUUUGCAAUCAUGUAUGACAGCGGCUCAGGGUUGCUUGCUUCUGCUUAUGUUAAAACAACACAUCAAAGAAAUUUAUGGCCUUAGCGAUAGUAAGAUACAGCAAUAUUCUCCAACAGAAGCAGCAAAAGUUUAUGAAAAAAGCAUAACGAGGAGGAAUAAUUCUAUGUUCAAUCCUAAAUCGACGUUACAGAAAUUGAAACAAGGAGAUCUACCCGAGUAUUUGGAUGAGGACGGCAGGCGGGAUCUUAUAACGCAGUAUUUAGAUUUCAAACGAUUGAUGUUGCAACUUGAUCCAGACGAUUUGGAUGAUGAAGAGAAUAAGGUAGUGCCCAAUAUUGCUAAUAGCCUUACUUUAGUUACUACAGGCAACAAUACACCACAAUCUUCAGUUCUUACGCCAUCAGAUCAGAUGGCGUUGGAAAAUUUCAAGGAUACGACCCCUACUACGCCAAAAGUGCCCAAAUUGGUGAUAUCUAAUCGAAGACUUGACAGUGAAACAAAACGUUCACGGACCCAAAGAGUUUCGGAAAAAACUAAAAAACAUAGGCAUAAAAAGAAACGGAGAAAAUAUGCCAAUUCAUCAGGGGAUGAUAGUGAAAAUGAUUUCAGUGACCCAGACUUUCUGGCCUAGCCCUUGGACACUUUAAUUGGUGCCGUGUACAGUAGUUAUGUAAGGAUGAUGAACUACAAAUUUAUAAACUUUUAGGAUGUUUUAUAUCAAUUUGGUUGAAAAAUUAAUAAUGGUUAAUAUGUUUAGUUGAUGAAUUUUCUUAUAUGUGAAGAUUAUUGCAUUCACUAGGUUGUGCUUAUUGUGUCGAUGGUGAAUGCAAUAAACUUCACUGCUGGUUUUUGUAUAAUUUUCUUACUCCUUGUUUGUUUUUUAAUAACUGAUUCAGGGGAUAGAAGCUGAUACAAAACAUUUCUCACAAUUAUGCUUUCGCCUUCAUGAUAUAGACCAAAACUAAAACAAUAAAGUCAAUUAUCCAUCUCAAAUAUGACAUUUUUCAUUAUUGUUGAAAAACGAUUCUGAUUCCUAUUAUUGUACAAAGCAAUAUUUGGAGAAAUACCAAAAACUAAUACACAUACUCUUGCAACAAAAAAUAAAACUACUAAUAUACCAAAUCUUUAAUUCUGAUAAAGAUGAUUUUUCCACAUUACAAAUAUUAAUUUAAAUACAUAAUACCAAUAUUGAUUCAAAGUUCAUCACAUUUUUUCUAAUCAACAGUUCUUGUUAAAGUGGCAAUUCAAAAUUUCAAUGAAAAUUAGUCCAUACCUUUAUUUUAUGAAUAAUUUUUUUGUUGAACUGUUGGGAUCUUUUUUUUUAUCGCCUGCCACUCCAUCUAGUCAUUUUUCGAUGGGAAUAUUUCAUAAGUAUUAAAUUUCCUACAGAAUUAUGAAAUAAGAUUGUUUUUUUCUAACAUUUCAAGAGUAAAAAUAUAAAACAAGUAGUAUUUUUCAAGCAUAAUUGUGAGGAAAAUCAACUGAUGUAAUAUAAUACUAGCAGCUUUUCUACUUUAGAGUCUAAAUUGUGUUAAGUGAUUAAUAAUUUUUCAAACACUUUAAUGAAAUAAAUAUUCAACAUAUUUAUUUCUUAUAUCUUCGACAAACCAUGUGAAUGAAUAAUUUUGUAAUGUUAUUUUUAUACAAAGAGAAUUUUCCGAAAUAGUGAAAUUCUGCAUGUCCCUUUCUCCAAAUGUUAAUUUCAUUUAUGAAUGUUACUCAAUCUAGUAAUUUGUUUCCUCUUGUUUUUUUUGUGUUUUACUGUUUUAAGUAACCUGUAUAUAAACUAGUGAACAGAAAUCAAUCAAUACUCAAUGUACAAAAACUGAAGGAUUUUAGACCAUUUUGAAGAGUGCAUUUCCACCAGAUAAUUUUGAAUGAUAUCCUAAAGCAAUAUCCUAUUCUUUCAUAAUGAUGUGUAAGUGGUGUUUACAUAUAACGGGAAUUUAAUUUUUCUGAACAACUGUUUUGAAAGAACGGACUUUGUUAGAUGUAAUAAAGAUUCUAUGACAUCAGGGACGGCCCUUGAUAGAUAUCAAGGUGAAACUACCGCAUCUUCUUCCAACAUGUGAUAUUGUAAUUAAGAAUAAUCAUGAAGUUUCACUACAAUCUAGUCAAAGUCAUGAUAAAAAUUUGUCAAUUCAUAUGAUUAUUAUUAGAUUCUACUAAUUAUGAUGUUCUUUGAAUGUUUAUCAUGAUUUAUUUGUGCUCUGAAAAUUAUCAACAAUUUUCUGUUUAAUUGUUAAUUUAUUCAUUUUGUUUGUUUGCUACAUUCAACAAUUUCUUAAUUGAAUUUCACCAAGUAUGAGUUUCACUUAUAAUUUCUUUAUUUUAAUAAAUAAUUAAUUUUCACUCUAUGAUUUUCUCUAUUUCUCAUCACAGUCGGGUAUAUUGAAAUAUCAAGCAAUAUAGUAGAAACCAAAAAAGGUGUGAUAUUCUAUACAUAUUAAAUAUAUUUUGUAGCAUAUUCACUAGGUGUGCGGCUAUUUAAUUUUUAAACAAUUGGUGUUUAUUCAUGAUCCUCAAAUGAAUGUUUUCCCUGUCUCCUAAUGUUUAUUCCACAUUUUCAUGGAAUAAGAUUUAGAUGUUAAUAAUACAAGCUUUUCUAAACUUUUUUAAUAUGUAUUUUUCGAAGAAAUGACUGCCAUUUGAUGUACAAAAUUUUGUUUUAUAUGAAGAAUUGUGAGUGUUGAUUGGUUUUUAAGAAAAUCAGUAUUAUUUGAUAUGAAAAAGAAAACCAAACAUAACUGUUUCAAUUUUCUGUGAAGACGAGUAAUUUUCAAUUGUCAUCCUCAAAUGUUCAAAUACACUUUUAUAAUAAUGUUCAUCAAUUUAAUUGACACUGAAGAUAAAUUUAGAUCAUUAAUGAUUUUGUUUUACACAUAUGCUUGGAAUCAACCUCAAACAAUUUUUUUACUAAUAGAAAAUUAUUUGUCAUCAAAGAAUAUUGCCUUCGGAAUGAUCCAGAUAUAAUUGUAAAAUAAAUUGUAUAUAAUAUUUUCUAAAAGGUCCAUUUAUGUGCAAAGAUAUUUUGAACAAUUUUAGCAUAGAUUUCAAUGCACUAUUUUUGGUAUAAAAUUGUCUUUUGAAAUUUCAGACAUUUGUCAGCUUAUGUAAAUAGUGGAUUAUUUGUAAAUUAGAGAAUGCUGUUUGAUUCUAUUUAUUCUGAGUGAGAUAUGCAAUAUUAUUUCUGCUAUUAACGUUUAAUAACUUCAAGCCUAAGGAUGAGAUGUCUUCCAUAGGUUCUUUAGGCGGUUACACGGGUCUUAUUAGCACUAAAAACGAAGAUCGGAAACAAUAAAUGAGGUUCAACUAUAAACGGCGCGUUUUCGAAUAUCAACAUGUGUAUAUAAAUUGCGGUCAAUAUGUAUAUUGUGUUAAGUUAUGAAAAUUUUAUAAAUCUUAUUCGCAGAUGUCUGAAAUUGGUCUAUAUGGACAAUUUUACUUUUUUUAAUCGAAUGAAUGUUGCAGGUUAUUUAAAGUAGGUAAAUAUUAUCGUCAGAAAUUAGAUUUGUAUAAAAUCUGUCAAUAAUUGUUUAUUUCUGGUCACAUUUGUGGUAGCAGAAGUAUGAGUUGACCAAUUAUAAUACAAUUGUUCAGAGUUAUUUCCAAUGUAAAACGCCACCUUUGUAUUUAAAUAAAUUUAUAUUUGUAGA